CCUCUCCAAAGUCCAAACCUUGAAUGAAACCAAUCAAUCCAAAGGGAAUGCAGAAUGCAGAAUCAGAAGAAGAAUUGCAGAUGAACAACUUGUGCAUCCAAACAAGUUCUUACCAUUGCUUGUGUUAUCAGAAGGGGCUAAAGGGAUUCAACCUUAGAGUAUCAGUUGAUUCAACACUUCUGUGAUAUUUUGCAGGUGCAAACUUGAGGUUAGGCACCAACUAUACUGUCUUUGUUGCUUCUGUCUCCUCUUUUUUCUUGUUAGGUGUGCCUUAUCUUUAAACCAUGGGGUGUUUUUCUUCAAAAGUGAUAGCAAGAUCAAUUAGUUUGCAUGAAGAGAGAAAGAAGAGAUCACAGAGAACAAGUAAUGGUAUUCCACUGUUGGAAGAUCUAAUCAUCUCCUCUAGUGGCAGUGAUCAAUACCUAGCUCUUGUAUGUGCAGCUAACACAGUAUCCAACAAACUGCACUCUGGGAAUCUUGGUUCUAACACAUCCUCAAAACUUGCCAUUGAGCCUGCCAGUUCUGAAACUAUCAAGAAGUUGAAGCCUGUAUCAGCAAGACUAGUAGAAGGAGAAAGGAAGAAAAUUGAGAGAGAAAAAAAGAACAGGUCCAAAAGUUGGCACCAGUUUCCAGAGCAUAUUGUGCAUUCAUCUGGUUUUGAUGAUAAAUAUGACUCGAGUUCUAAGGGUUCUGCACGUAGUAGGAGUUUUCACACAGUGGAGGAAUACGAUGAUAUAGUUGAUAAAAUAUGGUCUAGCAAAUGUCAUACAGAUGAACAAAGUGAGUUCAAUGAUGAAGAAGAUUCUUGUUCAGGAACUAAUACAACUCAGCAUAAUGAGGAAAAGGAUUGUGAAAUCAAGAGGAUGCAAGUACCAUGCUUGAUCAAAAAUCAUUCAUUGAAAGAAAGAAAAAUAGUGAAGGAGAUCAACAACUUGAGUGCAGCAUCAGAAAGCAGCACAGUAGCUCCAACUCCAAUUCAUAGAAGUAGCAUCAUUGAGAAGGGAAAUAAGAGAAAAGCUGUGGCAAAGAGGCUAGAAUCACUUAAAAUCCCUUCCAGUGUUGAAUAUCCAGCCAUUGCUAGUCUUAGAGAAUGGCUUCCCAAAGGGGGAAUAUACUCUCCUGGAUCCUAUGUCACCCCAAAAUUUGGUAGCUAUUCUGUAAUGGACAUUGGUAAUGAAAAUGAGUCCAGUGAAGAUUCUAUAUUUAGUCCAGAGUUGGUGUCUGCUUUUGAACAGUGCAUGCAGAAACUUGAAGCAGAGGAAGAGAAUAUUCUGAAACAAAUUGUUGAGGAUGUGGAUGAAGAAAGUGAAACAAGCAGCACCAAGAAAGAACACCAUGCAUAAAAGUUAUACUGAUACUUCAGGUGAAUUUUGUUUAUAAAGGAUAAAUAGCAGACAUUGUUCACAUCUUCAAUAUCUGUGUGCAUGUGAAUUUUCAGUUCACAUUUUUUCAUUCGAGAGUAUUUGGGAAGAGGUGCAAUUUACAUAGCAGUGAAUGUAAAAAUGUACCUCAUUUCACAUAUGCUGCAUCCAAUGCCUUCACCACCUUUGUGUAUCAUAUCACAGUUAUAAGAAAAAUUCAUUACCAACUAAUUUGUAGUGUUUCUU